CAGUCCGGCAGUCGGUGUUUUUUCCAUGCAAUACUGGCCUUGCAUAAAUUAUGUUCAUGACGUAGUGCAAAAGAGCAAUUUUAUAUGAAUUUUGUGGGACUUUUCUGCGGAAAGCGCCGUUUUCCAAGUGCCCCAAGGUGUUCGGAGUUCACCGGCGCUCCAGGUAACCGCGGGACCGUCAUUAAAUAUUAAGGAGAGGAGGUUCUGAGGGGCUCCGACCCUCUUUAUCAAUGCAAAUACCUCUUUGUGUUCAGCCAUAGUGCCCAGCUGCAAGCUGUGAGAUGAAUUUUUAAUUACCCGUCUCCUCAAACAGUAGCAAAGCGUUUCAAAAAAGAGCGAAAACGGUCAAAAAGUCUCGCUUGAACGUAUGAAGGUUCUGUGACAGCUGUAUGACCCAGGAAGGGACCAUGGAUUCAGAGGAGCUGACAGGCAACGACGGGCCUCUCACGGUCAAUGAGCAGGUGAUCGUGAUGUCCGGACAGGAGACCAUCCGAGUCCUGGAGGUGGAAGUUGACGCCUCUGUGCAGGCAGCGGGGGCUGAUGGGAAAAGGGGGGAGAGCGUGGGCGGUCCGGCCCUGGAGCCAGGCGAAACGCGUGCGGACGACCCCCCGGCACCGCAAGGAAAUGCUGGGACCGCAGCUCCCAGCGAUGGGGAAGCAGCCCUGGUCCCACCGGCCCCAGCUGCCCAGACGGUGCCCCAGGCUGGCGCCACCACCGUGUCCUUCUCCUCCCAGCCUCAGACGGCGCUGCCCAUCACUGUCCAGGCGGGCCCCCAGCUGCUGACACAGGACGGGCUGACCACAGUGGUGACGGGGAUGAUGGCUCAGACGGGCGCAGUGACCCAGCCCCUCCUGAUCCCGCUCAGCGUGGCGGGGCAGAUGGGCGGGCAGCAGGGCCUGGCAGUCCUCACCUUCCCUACGGCCACCGUGACCACCCUCCCGGGGCUGACCGCUGCGUCCCCAGCCGGGGGGGUCCUGAAACUGCCCUUCACCGGCCUGCAGGCGGCCACCGUGUUGAACGCCGUCCAGCCGCAGCUGCACGCCCCUGCGCAGACGGUCCUGCAGCAGCAGGCGCAGCCGCAGAUGACGCAGCCAGCUGCGCAGAGCAACGCCAGUCCCGCUGCGGCCGCCGUGCCCAAAGCCUCGGAGCCCAGCGCAAGCGUGGCCACGCUGCAGACGGCGGGCAUCUCCAUUAACCCUGCCAUUAUCAGCGCCGCCUCUCUGGGAGCCCAGCCCCAGUUCAUCAGCUCCCUCGCCACCACGCCCAUCAUCACCAGCGCCAUCUCAGGCAUGCCUGGCAUCACCGGGCAGAUCAUCACCAACGCGCAGGGGCAGGUGAUCGGGACCCUGCCCUUCCUGGUGAACCCAGCCUCCCUGGCCACUGGCUCCACAGUGUCCCCUGCCCUCUCCACCCAGAGCCUGCAGGUCCAGACCGUCUCCCCGCAGCUGGUGCUCAACGCCCAGGGCCAGAUCAUCGCCACUAUCGGCAACGGGCCGACGCCGGCCACAGUCCUGCCCAAGCCCAGUGUGCCAACACAGGCCCCCGCCAAGCCGACAGCACAGGGGUCCGUGGUGACGGGAGUGACGGUGUCUCAGGCCCCGGUGGUCAUCGCGCCCCAGCCCUCCCCAGUCAAGACCGUGACGAGCAUCUCCUCCUCGGUGGCCAUCGGCUGUGGAGACACCCCAACUGUCGGACAGCUUGUCAACAAGCCCCAGCCUCCCGGGACGGACGAGGAGGGGAUCAAUCUAGAGGAGAUCCGCGAAUUUGCCAAGAACUUCAAGAUUCGGCGGCUGUCCCUGGGCCUGACGCAGACUCAAGUGGGCCAAGCACUCACUGCCACAGAGGGCCCCGCUUACAGUCAGUCUGCCAUCUGCAGGUUUGAGAAGCUGGACAUCACCCCCAAGAGCGCCCAGAAGCUGAAGCCGGUGCUGGAGAAGUGGCUGGCCGAGGCCGAGCUGUGGAACCAGAAGGGCCAGCAGAACCUGAUGGAGUUCGUGGGCGGCGAGCCCUCCAAGAAGCGCAAACGGCGGACCAGCUUCACGCCGCAGGCCAUCGAGGUCCUCAACGCCUACUUCGAGAAGAACGCCCUGCCCACCGGCCAGGAGAUCACCGAGAUCGCCAAGGAGCUCAACUACGACCGCGAGGUGGUCCGCGUCUGGUUCUGCAACCGCAGGCAGACCCUCAAGAACACCAGCAAGCUCAACGUUUUCCAGAUCCAGUAGCAGGA